AUGGACAGCUUCUCCUCGAAGGGCCUGAAGGGCAUCUUCACCGACAUGACGACGGUGUUCACACGGGCGAAGCAGUACGCCGAGGAGACCAUUGGCACGGCUGAGCGCACCGAACUGGACCAGCAGUACGAGAGUCUGGCGGAGAAGGCGGACAUUUACAAGCAGUGGACGGAGCGGAUUGUGGCCAAGCUGGAGGCGGUCGUCCAACCUAAUCCGAAUAUGCGCUACGGCGACCUGCUCAUUGAGCGAAUGGGCACGGAGAUCCGCCGCGAGGACCGCCUGCGCAACCUCGAGUACCUGGGCAAUGACAUGAUCGACGCUGGCAUUGCCUUUGGCCCCUCCACCGUCUACGGCAACGCCCUGGUGAAGGUGGGCAAGACGCAGCAGGCGCUGGGCCAGACGGAGAAGGACUUUGUGGUGGCCAGCUACCGCACCUUCAUCAUUCCCUUUCGCAAGUUCAUCGACGAGGACAUGAAGACGAUCACCAAGGAGCGCAAUGUCCUCCAGACAAAGCGCCUCGACCUGGACGCCGCCAAGAGCCGCCUGCGAAAGGCUAAGUCGAUGGACUCGGUGGCCAAUGCCGAACGUGAGGUGAAACGUGCCCAGGAGGAGUUUGAGCGACAGAUUGAGAUUACCAAGCUGCUGCUGGAGGGACUGGGCAGUGCUCAGCUGCUGAUGAGUUCCUCCAGCAACUGCGAGGGCGUCAACUACCAGCACUUUUCACAUCCCAAUGCUUCGGCUACUUCGGUUGCUGGUAGUGGUGGCGGUGGUGGUAAGCGAAAAGCAAGGGCUCUAAACGACUACGUCCCGCUUGAAACUGGCGAGCUCAGUCUGCGCGCUGAUGAGAUCAUUCAUGUGGAUCACUCUAGCGCUCUCGAUCCCGCUCAUAUGAUGGGCGAGAGGACUACUGAGAGUGGCAGUGUGGAGAGGGGCAAAGUGCCGGUCGCCUACCUGGAGAUUCUCAAUUAG